AUGGCGCUAGCCGGCGCCACCAACGCCACCUUCCGGCCCCGCCUGGUCACCGCCGCCGCUGACACCUCCGACACUAAUACUCGCCGCCGCCACUGGAAGGCCGGCGAGUUCCCAUUUCCCACCACCUCCCCCUCCUCCGGCACGCAGCAGCGCCGGAGACCCCGGACCACGGAGCGCCCGCCCCCACCUCCACCGUCCAAGGGGGAAGACCCGGAAGGGAGAGGGCGCCAGAGGCACUGGAAGGCGGGGGAAGACCCGGAGGGGAGAGGGCGGCAGAGGCACUGGAGGGCGGGGGAGUUCCCGGCGGCGGCCGAGUCCCAAUCCCAGUCCGGGAGGAGGGGCCGCGCUCGCACCCCUAUCAAGAACGUCCAGAAGAGGCUCGACGCGCGCGCCGAUGCCAAGGCCUGGGCCUGCACCGUCACCGAAGCCCUCGCCGACCGCAUCGCCGCCAAGAACUGGCGAGAGGCGCUUCAGGUCUUUGAGAUGCUGAAGGAGCAACCCUUCUACUAUCCCAAAGAGGGCACCUACAUGAAACUCCUCCUGUUGCUGGGGAGAUCAGGCCAGCCUUCUCUAGCACAGCACCUUUUCACCGAGAUGCAACAGCAAGGAUGCCGGCCAACUCCUGAGCUUUACACGGCCUUGAUCGGGGCCUACUGCCGGAAUGGCGUCCUAGACGAGGCACUCAAGCUUCUCGAAUACAUGAAAGCCGCCCCGCUGUGCCAGCCUGAUGUCUACACCUAUAGCAUCCUCAUCAAGGCCUUCGUCGACGCCUCAAGGUUCGACCUCGUCGAUGCUAUGUACAAAGAGAUGGCCGAGCGCUCCGUGGCACCAAACACGGUCACGCAGAACAUUGUUCUCAGUGGCUACUGCAGGGCAGGAAGGCUGGACGAUAUGGAGAAGCUACUCUCGGCGAUGCUUGAAAGUGCAAAUAGUAAACCGGAUGUCUGGACCAUGAACAUUAUCCUAAGCCUGUUUGGGAACAGUGGCCAGGUUGAGCUGAUGGAGAAGUGGUACGAGAAAUUCCGAGGUUAUGGGAUCGAGCCGGAGACUCGGACGUUCAACAUUCUCAUUGGUGCUUACGGGAAGAAGCGGAUGUAUGACAAGAUGUCUGCGGUGAUGGAAUACAUGCGCAGGCUAGCGUUUCCAUGGACGACAGCUACGUACAACAACGUGAUCGAGGCAUUUGCUGAGGCAGGUGAUGCAAAAAACAUGGAGGACACAUUUAACCAGAUGCGCUCAGAGGGGAUGAAGCCGGAUACAAAGACCUUCUGCUGUCUCAUAAAUGGGUUUAGCAACGCAGCCCUUUUCCACAAGGUGGUAGGCAUGGUAAAGCUUGCUGAGAGGCUCGAUGUACCGGCAAAUACAUCUUUUCACAACUCUGUUCUUGCGGCAUGUGCGAAAGCGGAGGAUCUGAUGGAAAUGGAGAGGGUCUUCAGGCACAUGAAGCAUAUGCAGUGUGAACCAGAUGCCAUCACAUACUCCAUCUUGUUGGAAGCUUAUCGGAAGGAAGGAAUGACCGACAAGAUGUACGCUCUACAACAGGAGAACCCAAGUUUGGUUUCGACUGAGCUUGCCAUGGUGUAA